AAAGAGAAGAGUCUGGUUCCGUGAAAAUGUAUUUCUUCGCAGUGUUCGUCCUUUUGGGGACAGGACUGGCGGUAAACGGCGAGAUCCAUUCCCUCACUUACAUCUACACGGGCUUCUCCAAACCUGUCCGGCUACCGGGCAUCCACGAGUUCACAGCCAUGGGUCUGCUCAACGGCAGGAUGAUCGACUACUUUGACAGUGACAACCAGAAGAAAGUUCCCAAACAGGAUUGGAUGAAAGAGAGACUGCCUGCAGAUUACUGGGACAAAGGCACCCAGUCCCGCCAGAGCAAGCAGCAGUGGUUCAAAGAAAGCAACAACAUCCUGAAGGAACGAAUGAGACAGAAUGACACGGACACCCAUAUUCUCCAGUGGAUGCACGGCUGUGAAGCCAAUAUGAGGGACGGAGUGAUGAAGUUCCGACGCGGUGUGAACAUGUACAGCUACGACGGAAACGACUUCCUGUCAUUCGACGACGACAACAGCGUCUGGGUCGCCGCAACUCCCGCGGCAGUCCAGACCAAGAGAAAGUGGGACGAAGUCCAGGUCCUAAAAGAAUACAUCAAAGGCUACCUGGAGAACGAGUGCAUCGAUUGGUUGGGGAAGUUCACCAAUUAUGGACAACAACAGCUACAACAAGCCAUUCCUCCAAAGGUGCACCUGUUUACAAAGAACACCAAAGUUGAAGGAAAAAUCCUUUUGACGUGCCUGGCCACAGGUUUCUUACCAAAAGAUAUCACCCUGAACAUGAAAAUGAACGGCCUUGUUCUCACUCCAGCUGACGGAGUUGUGUCCUCCGGCGUUCGACCCAAUGGUGACGAGACCUUCCAGAGACGAGACAGCGUGGAGAUUUUAUUGAGUCACUUGUCUGUCUACACUUGUGAAGUGAUCCAUCUGGCAUCCAAGUUACAUGUUGAGGAGGAGUGGGGAGCUUGCGGAAACAAAGGCAGCCAAGGCUCUCUCAACAGCAGUUCCAGUGGUGGCUCUAGCAAUAAUGGCGAUAUCAUUAGCACAGUCGUGUACCAACCUGUCCCCCAGGGUGAGUGUUUUCCUCUCUUUUCCAUAAAUCUGACAGCUGAUGGCCAAUGCUUCUUUCAGACAGUCAUCCCGGAUGCUUGCGACAAAAAAAUCCCAGCCCUGAGUCAGAAUGCCCCCUUGGAGAAUGAAGACAAUGCUCAGGACCAAUCAGAGUAA